GUUCCCGCCACCGUUCCGGGCAACAUCCGGCUAACUGAUACACGUAAUUGAAGAUUUAAUUCUGUUCUCCGAGAACCGUAGCGAGUUGCGAAUCGAUUUUGCGAAAAAAAGAAUUCUUUCUUCGAGAAUCUCAUCAGUAUUAUAGAGCAGUCAGAGUCAGAAUGCAUUUAGUUUUGCUAUUCACCGUCGCGGCGCUGCUGGGCUCGUGCCAGUCCGCCCAUUUGAAUAAGCACAUUAAGCUGCUUUCGGACAUCGAUAACAGUAUUGAGAAUGGUGUGCAAGCAAAAUCUGAUGGAUCUCAUAAAUAUUUAUCGAUCACGCAAGGCCCCCUACCGUCGUACGCACAUACUCCCGGAACCACUAUUGAGUUGACCUGUGAAGCUGCCGGAUCUCCAGCACCAUCAGUGCACUGGUUCAAGAACGACUCUCCAGUCUACGAGUACGACGUCGAGUCCAACGAAUUAAUCGACUCAAGCCCGACAUCUAUUGCGAGAAUUUCCUCAACUCUCAUAGUGACGCGUACGACCUCUCAGGAUGUGUACACCUGCCUCGCCACCACGAGCUCCAAGACUGCGCGAGCCAGCACUGUGGUCUACAAUACAGAUAGCGCUACUGAGCUCUCGGAACGCGCUAAGCUGUUCCCGCUGAAGCCUCGCAUCGUAGUCUCCUACAGCACCUACGUGGACAACAUCGGCAACAGGGUGGUGCUCCCGUGCCGCGUCAAGGGACACCCCAAGCCCAAGAUCACCUGGUUCAACGGACAGAAUGUGCCCAUUGAAAAGAACCCGCGCAUGAAGGUGCUUCGCUCGGGCGAGCUGGUCAUAUCCUCCCUCCUCUGGAGCGACAUGGACGAGUACACUUGCCAAGCCGAAAACGCUUUCGGCUCGGAGAAGGCUAAAACAUUUGUCUACCCCGCUAAACCCGAGUAGAAGAAAGAAAAAAAGAAGAAGAACCAAACGCGUCAUGUAUACUUAAUAUGGAUGUUCCUGUUAGAUAAGUUCGUAUUCGAUAAGGCCCAGUGCACACGGCGUAUGAGAAACGCUGCGUUCUCUUAAAAAAAAAAACGCUUCUAUAAACAGUAUUAUUUGUUUAACACGUUUUGAGUUUAAAAUUAUUUGAUUGGUAGCCGACGCUCCGAGCGUUGAGUUUUUUUUUUUGAAGGAUAUAAACACGCUGAUUACUUGUUGAUAGCAUCUUGUUGCAAUGAAGCAGUAAGUCCGAGAGAAAGAGAUAGAUAAAUGCAUUACUUUUUAUCAUUUUCUAUCAUUAAAAUGCUUUAGUAAUUCAGCUGUCAGCCAAGCAAUGCGUUUUUCUCCUACCAAACUAUUACGUAGAAGUACUGGAGGAGGCGGCGUGUUGAUGACGCGUUACUAUAUUUAAAAAAAAAUCCCAAUAAUAAGAGUUAUUAUUAUAAUUAAUACUUUAUUUCAGUUUCAAAAAAAGCCAUGUCUUGUUAAUAAUUAUCACUUAUAAUCGAUGUUAGUGACUUAACUAUCAGACUAUCCAUUACAAUUUUUUUCUCAAGCUCCUGCUGCAAAGGCUAUUAAUUAGCAGACCUUCGAUCUUGCUCGGAUGUUCUGAAGACUAUUGCCAUGUCACGCACGCGACGCAAUAAUUAUUCACUAUAAGCACAAUAAGUCGUUAUUCCAGUGAACUAUUAGAUAAUGAUAUCGUCUUAUAAUUAUUUUAGUUGUUUUUUUUCAAUUGUCUGAUCAUUUACGAUUGAAUUAGGAACCUCUUUAUAUUUCGAAGUAGGUCAAAAAUGUUUCAAAUUUUUUUUUUUUGUUUUUUUUUUUUUUGUUUCUUAUAAAAUGGAAGCGUUAUUUGUCAGCUGGCCGCGGCGGCUGGCCCGCGCGUCCGUAGACGCAGCGUCUCCGCGCGCCAGUGUGCACACAGCUUAACGAUACGGAGCCUGCCUAUUUUUAUAUUAUAUUAU